ACUCUCACUCCUAGAUGCAGACGAUCAACAUGGCUGCUCCUGGCUGCAGAGGGACCACACUCCUCAAGACCCUCCUGAGCCACUACAGGACCCCGGGACCGAGUCGGACCAGGUUUCUGUCUUCCUGUCCGGGCACAUGGAGCUCCGAGCUGUCCCGGCUGUCCCACCGGGAUCUGCACCGGCUCUCAGUGACUGAUCCGGAUCAGUUCUGGGGCUCCGCCGCCGCGGACAGACUCCGCUGGGUCGAACCGUUCCACCGGGUCCGGGACUGCGAGCUCCGCAGCGGGAGGAUCAGCUGGUUCCUGGGAGGGAAGCUCAACGUGUCCGUGAACUGUCUGGACGUCCAUGUUGAGAGACAUCCGGACCGAGUGGCCCUGAUCUGGGAGCGAGACGAGCCUGGCACUGAGCUGAAGGUCACCUACAGAGAGCUGCUGGAGACAACCUGUCGCCUCGCCAACACCCUGAAGAGCCAUGGGAUCCAGAAAGGGGACCGGGUAGCCAUUUACAUGCCGGUGUCACCGCUGGCAGUGGCGGCCAUGUUGGCGUGUGCACGUAUUGGGGCAGUGCACACGGUGGUGUUUGCAGGCUUCAGCUCAGAGGCUCUGGCAGGCAGGAUCCAGGACGCUCAGUGUAAAGCCGUGGUCACCUGUAAUGAAGGUGUGCGUGGCGGGCGGCGUAUCCCUCUUAAGCAGACGGUGGACGCAGCGGUGAAAAGCUGCCCGACGGUCCAACACGUGUUCGUGUCUCAGAGGACGGACACGCCAGCUGUCAUGGGAGAUCUGGACGUCGCCUUGGAAGAGGAGAUGUCCCGUCAGCUGUCCGUCUGUCCUGCCGAGCCUCUGGACAGUGAAGACCUGCUGUUUCUUCUCUACACGUCGGGCAGCACGGGGAAACCUAAAGGCAUCGUCCACACACAGGCUGGAUACCUGCUCUACGCCUCUCUCACACACCAGUACGUGUUCGACUAUCAGGACGGGGACGUGUUUGGCUGCAUGGCCGACGUGGGCUGGAUCACAGGACACAGUUAUGUUGUGUACGGUCCGCUCUGUAACGGAGCCACCACGGUCCUAUUUGAGAGCACACCUGUUUACCCCGACCCAGGCAGGUACUGGGAGACAGUGGAGCGUCUGAGGAUCACUCAGUUUUAUGGCGCUCCUACAGCUCUGCGUCUGCUGCUGAAGUACGACGAGAGCUGGGUGAAGAAGUUCGACCGCUCGUCUCUGAGGACACUCGGCUCAGUUGGCGAGCCCAUCAAUCACGAGGCCUGGCACUGGUUCCACGAUGUGGUUGGAGAUGGACGAUGUCCUCUGGUGGACACCUGGUGGCAGACAGAGACCGGAGGAGUCUGUAUCGCCCCUCGUCCUGCAGAGGAAGGAGCGCCCAUCAUUCCAGCAAUGGCCAUGAGACCGUUUUUUGGCAUCCAGCCGGUUCUCAUGGGAGAGAAGGGUGAGCCUCUGUCUGGUAACUCUGUCAGUGGAGCUCUGUGUAUCAGCCAGCCGUGGCCGGGGAUGGCUCGAGGCAUCUACGGAGACCAGCAGAGAUUCAUUGAUGCGUAUUUCAAACCUUAUCCAGGUUGUUAUUUUACUGGUGAUGGAGCAUACCGCUCAGAGGACGGGUACUACCAGAUAACCGGGCGGAUGGACGAUGUCAUCAACGUCAGCGGGCAUCGUCUCGGGACGGCUGAGAUCGAGGACGCUCUGGAUGAACACCCGGCUGUCCCAGAGACUGCUGUGAUCGGUUUCCCUCACGACGUCAAAGGAGAAGUACCGUUUGCCUUUGUGGUUUUGAAGGAGGAGUUCUCUGAUAACCCCCCCGCCGUCCUGCAGGACCUCAGAGAGCUGGUCGCCACAAAGAUCGCCAAAUACGCCGUCCCUGAGCACUUCCUGGUGGUGAAGCGGCUGCCGAAGACCCGCUCUGGGAAGAUCAUGAGGCGGAUCCUCAGGAAGGUCGCCAUGGAGUCAACCGGGGACCUCGGUGAUGUGUCCACCCUGGAUGAUCCGUCCGUGGUCAAAGAGAUCAUCGAGGCCCACGAGCUCUACAGGAAGCAGAGAGGAACACAGUAGAAGAAGAAGCUGUGGCCUGGAGGAGGGACUUCCUGUCCCUGUUAACUGUUUUAAAACACAGGGGGGAAGUGGGCGGGGCCAAGCAGAUCCAGGUGAUAUCAUCAUUUCUCAGGUGGACUCGGAGCUUAUCAGAGCGACAGAGACAUUCAGGUGAUAAUGCUUCAACCCCACACAUCCCAACUGUUGACUGUUAUAUAAUAAAGAUGGACAACACGCCUCCACCUGUUCUUCAAAAGUGAAGCCAAAACUGGCCCACCACGGUCUCUGACAUACUGCAGCAGUGACCUGAUCAGGGCCUCUGUCUGCGCAUCAGCUGGUGUAGUCAUGCUGCCUCAGUCCUCAGGUGGGUCCAGUCCUCAGGUGGGUCCAGUCCACAGGUGGGACUAGUCCUUAGGUGGGUCCACGGUGUCACAGGUUCUUGUGUGGGAUUGAAGCAGACUCUCACAGUUAUGGUGCGUUCAAAGACUCUUGUGUUAGUGUUUGUUACGUCUCCUCUCACCGUUCCUCCUCUACUCUGAUAAUCCGGAGCACACAGCCCUGCAGGAGCCUCAUUGGUCCACACAGCUGUCAAUCAUGAUGUCACAUUUCCUCUUUUAAUAUCAUUAAUAACUAAUUCAAAAUAAACAGAAACAUGAACACUGAGAGAUAAAUCAGCAUGAUAAGAACUAACUAUAAUGACAGAAACCGAUGACUCCUUCUCCCUAAAGCAGACCGUUUUAUCCAGUUUAGUGUCAAAGUGAACGCUGAUCAAGACCACAUCUGGGACACCUCACGACCUCGCUACGGUCAGCUCAGCAUGUUCGACCUUUCUGCCUUCCUUCUAUGAUGUGCCUUCUUCAAUGUGUCAGCGCUGUGACCACGUCACGUUUCCUCACUACAGAUGGCUGUGAGCCUGAGUUCAGGGCAUUAACUAUCCACUCACACACGGCUGGACUGUAGCAGAGUCACGUGUAGUCAGACAGCCAAUAGAGAGGCUCGCUUUAGCUGGAAGCCAUGUUUAAUUUUAGGUGUUGGAUCGAAAACACACACACUAAGGGCCUGAUCUACUAAAGGUUUGCGUGUAUAAAAACAUGUGCAAACUUGAUAGCGCGCGCAAAUCUGAUGUACUAACAGGGAGCACCGAGGAUUGCGUCUGUCAAAUGAGCAAAAUAGCACUCGCUAUCCAUUUAGCGUGUUUGCCUUCAUGAAUAUGCAGAAUACAUGUAGAUCAUCAGAACACACAAAAUACUGGGAGGAGGAGAUGCAAGUGUAAUCAUUUAGCACACGCAAUGUGAUUUAUCAAACCUGAAACAGAUAUAUUGCUGUAUUUGCGACUUUAUUUAGCACGUUUGAAAGGCAGGUGCAAACUGGCACAGCGUUACGCACACAUGGCUGCGGUCACUGUAACGCUAAUCAUAACAUCGCUUUACAACAUGCCCGCAAAAGCUGGGCUAACAAGUAUUACUAAAUGUUUUAGUCAAUCAAACCAAGAGAACAAAAUAAUAAUAAUAAUAAUAAAACAACACAAAUUCAAAGCAGUUCAGCACCACGGAUAGCGGCCGUAUCAUUCUGACACCCACUUUAACUUUUUCAUAUAAUGAGAGCACAGUAGGUCACUGUAUCAACAGAUAUACAGUUUAGUCAAAUUGGCACAGCGGCCCACAUCUUCACAUACAAACAAAAAAUCAAUAUGAAGUACUCGGCCUACUCACCACUGUUUGGACGAGCCUUAAGCUCCGCGGACUUGUCCACGAUGCACUGUAUGUCCAUUUUCUUUGAUCUGUCAUUCUCAAUAGAUAACAUGACAUGUCCACUCAGUCUCUCCUGUCCCAUCGUGCUCAUCAAGGGGUUUUUAGUUAGUUUUAACUUGGAGAAUGAGCGCUCACUGAGCUGCGCCAGGCAGCUCUGCGUAACUCCUCAUCUCGUGCUUGCAGCAGUGUGUUGGGGUGAAUUGCCUCAAACAUGUUCACAGUUCCAUUUAAGCUGGUGAAUCUUUGGGACAGUUGCUGGAUGAUGAUAUCAGGCAUUAAAAACGUUCACCCGAAAGUUGCUCCCUGGGACAGUGAGGCGACUGUCUUCAUCCAAGUGACGCCUAACUUUUCUAGAGCAAGAGUGGCAGACUAAGCCUCAUCAAAUCGCUCUCUAAACUCCAUCAAAACACUGAUUGCGUUUUGGAGAAGAGUAGAUGUGUUUAUUUCAUCUGCAGAUCUUUUGUUUUUUCUCACAUCAUUCACCUUUUCACAGAUGGCCUCCCAAAUCACGUUUCUAACGCUGAGAUGUCUCUGCUGGAGUUCACUGAUGUGUUUAUUUCCCUCCUCCACAAAGACUUCCAACUCCAUGUCUUCAAACUUCAUUUAUCGCUUAAGACCACUCUGCUCUCUCAAACUCUCCAUGGUGACAGCCGAUAGCACACGCAAAAUCCUCGUAAAAUAGGGCGGUCCACACCACUUUUGCACUCGUUAUCAUUUGCGCACGCAGUCUUAGUAGAUCACCCGCAACACGCCCAGAAAUAACACGUGCAAAAUUAUUAUUUGCACACGCAAAUUAGCGCUCGUUAUUUGGGAUCUUAGUAGAUCAGGCCCUAAGUGUCUUAUUCUCUCCAGCUUCACAAAGUGAAGAAUGUCCUUCAUCCACAACAUAUGGGAAGGAGGUGUGGGGGAUUUUACGUAUUUGCAGAUCUGUUUACAUGUCUAUGAAUCUGUGUUCACAUUUGUGGAUCAACUUUAGAUUUGCAACAAUAAUAGCUCCAUAGUUUUCAUCUAAACAAAGCCUUUGAGUUGCUGACUGUCAUCCCAGCCGCUUCACACUCAGCUGCAAACCGCCCCGUGCCUGCUGGAAGCCCCAGCCACAAGGAGCCAACAGAAGCACACCAUCUGCAUAGAGCAGAGGUGGACUUUGGGACAGAGAGCACGUUUUAGACACUUUUAUCUGAUGUGUGUUUUGAUGUUAUUGUUUGACUCAUGUCCCAUCUGUUAACAUGGAGGAGCCUGGUUUUAUGACCUUAACUUCAGCCAGCCACGAGGGGGAAUGCUUCAAAGUUUUGGCUUCACUUUUGGAAGGCAGUCGUGUUGUCCAACUUUUGAUGUGGUCUCUGGUCAGAAAAAUGGACGCCACACAAAGCUCUUGCAUAUUUGGUGAGAUUACAGCAGAUGGUUAAACAGAGGAGGACCCAGAUCAAUCAAUCUUUUUUUAUAAAGCACCAAAUCCCAACAAAUGUUCUCCUCAGAAUCUUUCCAAACAGAGCAGGUCUAGACCGUACUCUAUGUUCUGUUAACAAAGACCCAACAUCAAGACAGGAUCAGAUCCAGUCCCAUUUUACAGACAGGACUCAGUCUGAUCUCAUCUUAAUCCACCAUGAGCAGAGCACUUUGCAGCAUUUAGUAAGUUACAGUGGCAAGGACAAACUUCCUUUAACAGGCAGAAACCUCCUACAGGAGGGGUCAGAUCAGCAGACUCACACCACCUGCACCUGUAGACAUCAAACACAGCUCACCUGGAUGGAAACAAUGAGAUGCUACAAACUUUGACUGCUUUGUUGUGCUCCUCUGGGACAGAGCUCUUCUUCCUGAGUGCAGUGGAUCACAGCAGGAAAUGUAGUUUCAUCACCUUAAGAGCUUCCUGUGGUUCCCCAUAAUCCUCUCCUCCUUGUUUUCUCACUGAAUGUAAAAACACAUUAAUACUGUUGAACAUGUCAGUGUGAGUAAGAAGCUAACAGUAAUCACAUUUAAUCACUUUAGAUUUGAUGCUGGACUUUAGAGUCAAUAAAAGAUGUAAACGCUGAAAUCAUCUCUUUAUUGAUCUCAUGAUUUUUGUUAGCAUGAAGAGAUUUUGUUGAUCAAACACAUGAAAUAAACUCACUGAUCAGUUUGAACUUUA